ACAAAUAAACCACGGCUGACUGAGGCAGCACAGUGACUCCAGCAGCCAGCAGCUGGGGAAGCCGAAUAACCUGGGCCUCUCGUCCCCGCAGACAGGCGCUGGUGUCCACCAGUGACCAGGGGUGUCUCUCACAGGAAACCUGUUCACACUGAAAGCUACUCUUGCGGUUCUAAUCCAUUCCUGCCACGACAGCCAUCUCUAGGAGAGCCCUGGAAAGAAGAGCUGGGAAAGAAGUCUCCCCAAAAUGGACAACACACAGAGUGUCUUCAGGAGGGAGCUGGUGGAUGUUCAGGGCAUCCCUCUCUUCUGGAGCAUAGCUGAGGAGUGGUCCACAGUAGAGUCAUUCGAGGCCCGGCCAGAUGACCUUCUCAUCUCCACGUAUCCCAAAUCUGGAACGACUUGGAUCAGUGAAAUCCUGGAUUUGAUCUAUAACAACGGGGAUGCAGAGAAAUGUAAACGGGAUGCGAUAUACAGGCGAGUUCCUUUCAUGGAGCUUAUCAUUCCUGGAAUCACAAACGGUGUUGAGCAGUUGAACAACAUGCCAUCUCCUCGUCUGGUGAAAACGCACCUGCCUGUUCAACUUCUCCCUUCUUCAUUUUGGAAGAAUGACUGCAAGAUGAUCUACGUGGCAAGGAAUGCCAAGGAUGUGGCUGUGUCUUACUAUUAUUUCUACCAGAUGGCAAAGAUGCACCCAGAGUCUGGGUCUUGGGAGGAGUUUCUGAAUAAAUUUAUGAAUGGAAAGGUGUGUUUUGGUUCCUGGUAUGACCAUGUGAAGGGCUGGUGGGAGAAGAAGAAAAAUUAUCGUAUUCUUUACCUAUUUUACGAAGACAUGAAAGAGAACACAAAGUAUGAAAUUCAGAAGCUGUUAAAGUUUCUUGAUAAAGAUAUACCAGAAGAAAUUGUGAAUAAAAUUCUCUAUCACAGUUCUUUUGAUGUGAUGAAGCAGAACCCCAAGGCAAAUUAUACCACUAUGCUGAAGGAGGAGAUGGACCACUCUGUGUCUCCUUUCAUGAGGAAAGGUAUUUCAGGAGACUGGAAGAAUCUGUUCACAGUAGCCCAGUAUGAGACGUUCGAAGAAGAUUAUAAAGAGAAAAUGAGAGGCUGCUCGCUGCACUUCCGUUCAGAACUCUAAGAUGCACCUGCCUUUCCUCCAUGUGAUAUAGUUAGCACUUAAAUUAAGAAAAAAAAAUCCUUUCAAAUAUUUAGUGAAAAUAAAUUUGGCAGCAACUCUUCCUUAUUUGCUUAGAUUAGUGGUAGCAAUAGAAUAAUCAAGGAAUUUCAGAGUCUGUGUAGGAAUUGCCAGUACCGUCCCUAUGAUUUUACUGAUGCUCCAUAGUGAUUUUACCUGUUUUCCAAGUGAAAUUAUAAGAUAAAAAUUUAAAAUCUAUACAGUAACCUAUUUUACUUUAAAAAAUCAAGGUCUAAUUUCUUUUUUGUUAUUUGCUUAGCAAAAUACCACUGUAAUAUUAGACCAACAACAUUUUUGUACAAUGAGGUCACUGAAAUUCAGUUCCCUAGAAUGGUAUGCUAUAAAUCAAAUUUUGGGUAGUUUGUUAUUCAUAGUGUCUUACUGUUAUAUUUUAUAUGCUAAUUAUCUAAGACAAUAACAAGAAAAUAAUCAGUAAGUUUGAGUUACAGUAUUGUUUACAUAGUUAUGUAUUAGCUAUUGUCAGAGAGAAAAAACAAAGUUCACAGUUAUCAUAAUGUUACACUUUAUGAAACACCUUCUGAGUAUAAUGUGCCCUAACAAAAUCAGAAAUGCAGAGUGCAAACAGCUUCAAGUCAGGGCAGAGAUAAAAGGAAAGCACAGGGAAACUGUACCUUCUGCUCAAUUUUUCUGUGAGCCUAAAAGUACUCUAAAAAUAAAGUCUAUCAAAACUAAAACUAAAUAAAACAAAAA